AUGGCGCGGCGUCUCCUCGUCGUCGCCCUCGCCGCCCUCCUCCUCGCGGUCGCGUCGCGCGCGCGCGCGCACGUCGUCGUCGUCGACGACGACGACGAGGGCGGCUUGGGAUACAUCGUCACGCUCGACGACGACGACGCCGACGCGGAGGACCUGUGCGCGGCGCUGGAGGCGCAGUCGGACCCGCCCGGCUCCGAGCCCGACCUCUUCCCGGGCGCGCUCCUGCGUCGGGCGCGGCAGGUGGCGUGCGCGCGCCAGGUCCGGGGCAUCUGCCGACGCGUGUUCCGCCGCGGGGCGCUCGGCAUCCGCGGCAUGGUCGUCGACGCGAUCUCCCGCGCCCGGAUCGCGGCGCUGGCGCGAUGCCUGCCGCGCGCGGUGCUCGAGCCCGACCAACCCGUCCGCGCGCAGAGCCCCUUCGACCCGACCGGCGCGGUCCCUGUGUGGAACCUCGACCGCCUGGACCAACCCUUCCUGCCCCUCGACGGCGUCGCGCGCCUGGCUUCACCGGCCAACGGCGGCGGCGCGGGGGUGCACGCGUACGUCAUCGACAGCGGCGUCCGCGCCUCCCACCGCGAGUUCGCCUCCCCGACCGGCGGGUCACGCGUCGACCGAGGCGUCGACCUCGUCGCUCUACACUCGGCAGGCGGCGGCACAAGAAAUUCCCCAUUUAACGGUGGAUACAACGGUGGAUACGGCUCGACAGCUCAAGGUCUAAACUCGGAAGACCUCGCCGCGCGCGACUGCGACGGCCACGGCACGCACAUCGCCGGGACCCUCGCCGGUAACACCGUCGGCGUCGCCCCGAGCGUCCGGAUCCACCCCGCGCGGGUCCUCGACUGCCGAGGAGACGGCCGCGCCUCCGACGUCGUCGCCGCGCUCGACUGGUGCGCGGGACACGUGCUGUACAACCGCGCGGUCAAGUCACCGUCGGGGGACGUCAACGACGCAGCCGCGCACCCGGCGGUCGCCACACUCGCGUUGGGGCUGAUGGCGGGCGCCAGGUCGCUCGCCAUGGAGCGCGCGGUGGUCCAGUUCACGAGGCGCACGGGCGCGCUCGUCGUCGUCGCCGCGGGGAACUUUCGGGACGCCGACGCGUGCGACGUCUCGCCGGCGAGGGUUAACGCCGCGCUGACGAUGGGCGCGAGCGACGCCGCCGACCGGGCGUACGUCCACGGCGCGACGGGCGCCUGCGUCGACGCGUGGGCGCCGGGCGUGGACGUUCUCAGCGCGUGUGGGGGCGUUCGUCGGUGCGACUCCCCCGGGGACGACGCGUACGCGGCGCAGUCGGGGACGUCGAUGGCGGUGGGCCACGGCGCGGGGGCGGCGGCGCUUUUGCUCGGGGAGCACCCGGGGGCGGACGCGGUGACGGUCAAGGCGGCGCUCGUGGAGGGCGCGACGGGCGGGACGGUGUGGGGUUGGACGCUGCCGGGAACGACGACGGCGACGAUUCGCGUGCCGGCGGGUGGGUGGGGGCGACUAUCACCUUCGCCUUCCGAGUAG